AUGGCUGAAGAACGAGAUUUCGCUGCUGAGGCACUCGCGCCUGAAGUAGAUGCUCCCUCUUCCAGCGGUCCCGCUCCUCCGUUUCCCCGACAGGCCUCAGAUUCCGUCAUCCCCCCUUCCGCGAAUCUUCAGGACCCGGCUUAUCUGCCUCAUCCACACACCUGGGCCAGAUCAAUGCUGCGCGCCGCGGUGGGCCUUCACCACACCAACAACCCUUGA